AAUUAGCAGGCAGGGUAACAUCAGUUAGUCAGCGGAAUAUCAAGCUUAUAGCUGACCUUGUCAAAGUAAAAGUUUUGGUAAAAGAUAUCGAAGGAAAAGUACUGGGAGGAUAUGAUGAGAAUAUCUAUGAAGCAAUAA